AUGCUCAUUCGCGCGUCCAUAGCUCGCGUGAAGCACGCCAAACCGAACGCGGGGUCUUUCGCCUCCCCGGCGCGGCUACAUCAAAGCGGGGCUAUUGAGGCUGACGAAGCAUUCGUCCUCGCUGCAAAAUGGAAAGGAGCGUGCAAGGCAUGCCAAGAUCUUCGAAUCCCGACGUCUGCCCGCCUGGAUGUGCACUACAACAUCAAGCUCGAGGACAUGCAGGUCGGCCGCGCGGACUCCGGCAGGACGCACUGCAUCGGCGAGGCAGGCGAUGACGAAGAGAAUGCGACACUAAUCUCUCAUUCAACAAACUGCAGUCAUUGCGCCGCCACCGUUACGCGUAUCAUGAAGGAAGUAUCGCGCUUAUUCGACUACAUCCCCUACCGUCAUGCGGCCCACAUCAGCAGCCCGCAAUCCAAGGAGAAGCGACGGGGGGAACGUUCGUCCAAUCCUAUCCCGGUCGAUAACGGCGCCACUCGAUUCGGAUCGAAGGGCACUCGAGAUGUCACCCUCGUCCCCAAGGGCUCGCACCGACUACCUCUUCUCUUCUCCCCGCGUUCUGGGUCGACUACCGUCCAUGGGCUUCUUCAAGUUGCAGUUAAAGACCAUGAUUCUGCCUGGUACGUAUUUUCGUCCCAGUGGAGGCAAAUCGUUGCACACAUCUCAACCUGGCAGCCGCCUCAAAACAAUUCGGGACCGGUGAACUUGUUCGCGACGCGCAGGACGUCGAGGCGGGCGCGAUGGCGACUGGCAACGCUGCGGAGAUAUCUGUGGAACGCUGCCACUGCCGAGAACCUCAGUUUUCGCGGCUAA